UGCAGCAACAUCAUAGGUGGCGCGAUAUCUUGCCACGUUGACCACAGUCAUUCUCAACCUCUCACGAAAUGGCAACUUCAGAACCCCAAUUCCACUAUUGGCGAACCCUGCUCUGGAGUCAGUGGUGCUUCACGCCGCCCUACCCGGAAACGCAAUGGACUGGCAAGAUUGUAAUCGUCACAGGUGCGAACAUUGGACUCGGACGAGAAGCAGCACGCCACUUCGCACGCCUCGGCGCUGAAAAAGUCAUUAUCGCAGCGCGGAACCUGGACGCCGCGCAAAAGGCGAAAGCAUCCAUCGAAACCUCCACCAAGUGCGGGCCGAGUGUGAUAGAAUGCUGGCCUCUGGACCUAUGUUCCUACGACUCCGUGAAAGCCUUCGCGACACGCUGUAACACUUUACCCCGACUGGACUGCCUCCUCGAGAACGCAGGGGUGUCGAAAUACCGCUUCUACAAGACCGACGGCGCGCUAGACGAGCUCCAAAUAACAACGAACGUCGUCUCAACCUUCCUACUCGCGUUCCUCCUCCUUCCAAAACUCAAAAAAACAGCGCUCACUUACGACACGCAGCCACACCUCACAAUCGUGACCUCGGAGCUGCAUCACCAGACUACCAUCCCGGAACGCAAAGCACUCCGCCAGGGCGUACACAGCUCGCUGCUCGACGCGCUCAACGACCCCCGCACGUCCAGCCGCUCAGGUCGCUAUCCGACUUCCAAACUUCUCCAAGUGCUCUUGCUGCGAGAGCUAUCCUCCACACUGGGCCAGGACUACCCCGUGGUGCUUAAUUGCGUGAACCCAGGAUUCUGCCACUCGGCGUUGACAAGAGAUUUCGCGCCUAUAGCAUAUAUUGGGAAGAUCGCAAUGCGAGCGAGGAGCACCGAGGUGGGAAGUAGGACGCUGGUGCAUGCGGCGAGCGCGGGGAGGGAAAGCUUCGGCGAGUAUCUGAGCAAUUGUCAGGUUGCGCUUGUGAGCAACUUUGUGAGGACGAGUGAGGGAAAGGACGUGCAGGAGAUGGUAUGGAGAGAGGUGCUGGGGAGGUUAGAGGAAAUUGAACUAGGGAUCAGUAAGAAUUUGCGGUGAUGGC